CACCUUCGCGUGAUGUACGAUAGAUGGCGAUGGACAAACCCACUUUCUAAUAGAACCCUCCACAGAUUUGAUGAAAACUAUCCACAUUAUAUUCUUUGUGGAAAUCACUCGCGCGAGUCAAACAAAGAUUCUUCGCGUGAGACCAACGACCAAAAACUCGGUUGACGUCGGGUAUUCGUCAAAACAUAUAUCGCAUGCAUUUACAAAAUCUUGGAAUUAAGUGGUGCAAAAAUUUGACGUUGCGGCGCAAGGAAUGGAAUCCGCCAACAGUCCCGUACUAUUGCUGCUCGAUCUGACGCCUGCUGCAUUAGUCGGCAUCGAUCUUCUAUCGUUCACAACUACACCUCGAUUUCGAGGCGUCAAGGGAGUUCCGUCAGGCCUACACUUCACGUACACGGGUGCAAACGCAGUGUUUUCCGAACGCCACGGGCUGUGGUUCAACAUCACCAGCGUCAAAUCCGACGACAGUCAGCAACCUUUAGUAAUCGCAAGAUGGGACGACAACAAUGAGAAUCUGCUCGCCGAUACCGAUGCAACCGAGAAUCUGCGUUGGCGAGCAAAUUUGGGAGAGUUCUGGCGCGAGGCUCUCACGCCGUAUCGACAAUCAAGCGCAACAUCAGAGAAUGGCGAAGUUGAGAACUGGAUGACGUUGACAUCUUGUAUCACACCCGGACUUAUGAAUAGGAUAAUCGGCAGCUCGAGAUGGAAUCUAAGCUCCGGGAGCUCGGCUGUCCAGGACAUUGAAGCGAUCCCCGGAUUCAGUGUUUCAGAAAUCUCUGCCGAAUAUCAACGCGACCAGAUCCUACAUUUCCUCGCCAUCAACCUCAAACAAACCUGGCGUCCCGGCGCGACCGGCCGUGAGCGAUCCGAAGCCGCCCAGGACCGCUCAUGGGCCUUGCUCAAUCUCACCCCGGAUCUCGACGAAAUUAUUGGCGAGCUACAAUUUUGCUUUCUCAUGCUGCUAACACUAAACAAUUUCUCUUGCUUGGAGCAAUGGAAGCGACUUCUUGAACUCAUCUUCACCUCGACCACAGCCGUCGCCCAGCAGCCGGAUUUCUUUAUUCGAGCGAUUGCCGCCCUUCGACUACAACUACAGCAUUGUAAGGAUGCUGAGGGUGGGUUGAUUGAUCUCGCGGACGAAGGCGGGUCACUUCUAGGCUCGCUCCUUAUACGCUUUCGGCGCGGACUUGAACGCUCAACAAUGACUGGAGGAAAUGCAAGCGAUGUGAUUGACGAGCUCGACGACCUGGAAGAUUACCUUCGCGAGCAACACGGCUGGCAGUUCGGUGGAAACUUCGCGCGAUCGGGAAUGCUCGAGUUUGAGGACGGCGAACAGGUCCGCGCGACAACGACAGCAUAUGACGAGGAUGAUGAAAUUGGAGAGUUUGCGCCGGAGAUUGUGGAUUUGACGCCGGAGCAGUUGAGAAUGAUUGGUGGGGGCGGGCAUAUGGCGGCCGCUCAUAGCCUCGAGGGUGGCAUUGCUAUUCAGGGGAGUGAUUGGGGCACGCGGCGAUCGAAGAGUAUGGGAAAGGGACUAUUUGUGGAGGAUCGCACUGUGCAGAGGUUUGUUGUCGACCAAGAUGGGAGCAGUGACGAUGAUGACCACGGAGAUGGUCACGAGGAUGAUGUUGAUGACGAGAAUGAGAGAGUCGCGCAUCUCAAGCCCGCCAAGAGCGAGGAUGAAGAAAGCGAGGAAGAGGAGACGCAAGAUCUCGAGGAUAUGGACUCUCGAUAUUGAAUUCUUCCAACAAAAUUUGCGUGAAGUCUAACCACCAACGAACAACAAUUCGCGGACAUUACAUUGUGAUGUUUGCUUACAUUGGUAGUUGUCCCACUCAUACUCCGUUGUUUAACAGCAGUCGUGCUUUGUGAAAAUGGAUACACGGUAAGAUGGUGGCAACCAACCACAAUCGUCUCACAAACCGUGCGAAUAU